UAGUGGGGGAAAUUUCCAAGAUAAUCCCCUUGGCACAAGUUUAUUAUUAUUGUUGUGACAUAACCUCUUGUAUUAUUUAUCUCCGAAGUAACAAUAAAUAACCUUCUUUAUUUAUAUAUUUAUUUAAAUCAUAAAUUAUCUGACACCAAUUUUCCGAUCAAAUGCUGAACAUAAUUUAAAAAUGGAUAAUUUACCAACAACUUCCGGAGAUCAGUCAUGGAACAUCCAACCAGAUAUGAGUUAUUAUUCAGUACCACCACCUCCAAUAGCAGUGCCUCCAAAAAAUUUUAUCUACCCCCCGCCUUCAUUCAAUGUCCCGCCGCCUCCGAUAGUCAAUCCGCCAGUAAAUAAUCCGCCUCCAGUGAUCAAUAAUUCUUAUCCCAACACUCAGUAUGUCAGCCAACAAUAUUACCCAGUAGACGCAACAAAUAAUUACUCAUAUCCAUAUCAAAAUUAUCCCCAGACUUCAAAUCAAAAUUAUUCCCAGACUCCAAAUCAAAAUUAUUCCCAGACUCCAAAUCAAAAUUAUCCCCAGACCUCAAAUCAAAGCUAUUAUACUGCCGAAGCUAGUGAGAGUACGCAGUGGACAAAUAAUGCGUACGAAUCUCCAAACAAUCAGUGGCAGCAGCAGCAGCCAGUGGGAACAGACACCAGUAAUUGGAAUGCCAACAACUGGAAGACAAAUCAUCCAGCUAAGAAAGAUUGGGCUGGUUACAAUGAACCCAGGAAAAAGAAUUAUCAACCUAGAGACAGGAAGACUGACUUGCAAAUGGAAAAAAAAUCUUCACGUUGGAGUUCGUCGGAACGAUCAGAGCGUUCCCAUUCGCCGUCUUACAGAGCUCAGAGAUCGCACAGUAAAGAAUAUCGUGAUCACCACAAUGAUUAUUCUUCUAAAGAUAAAUACUGUGGGGAAGAUAGCGAACGUAAGUCUCGUAGAGAUUACACUAGCCGAGACAGAGUCAGCAGAGACAAAUAUUACCCGAAGUCUAGUAGAAGAAGAUCACGGUCCCAGGAGUCGCAUUCUUCUCACAGUUCAAAGGCCGUCAGGCAGAAAAAAGAAAUGACCGAACGUGAAUUACUUCUUGAAAAGUAUCGACGGAAUUACUGCGCCACAAGUCAUGACAUUGAACGUAAAAUAGACGAACUGGGACCUGAUGGUAUUUUAGAAUGUGAUAAAAAAAUUUGGACACGUGCGGCUCCAGCUGAUUUGUAUUACACGCGGGAUGAAAAAAAUUCAAAGAUUAUGAAAGCAACGUCUAAAUUAAAAGAACUUAUUGGUAAUUUCAAACGGUUACUUUUAGAUCGAGCUGCUGUAGCAAGAGCUAAUUACCCGCCGUAUGAACCGCCGCCCAGGAAGACCAAGGCGCGAUUAUGUAGGCACAAAUCUGAAGCCUGCAGUUCGUCAUCUUCAGACAGCGACAGUUCAAUUGAUGACGACGACCGCACGAUGGAAGAACUUAUGGCGAAGAAGCAGCAUCCCCAGCGACUGCAUCCGGAAAUGUGGUUCAAUGACCCUGGGGAAAUGAAUGACGGACCUCUGUGUCGAUGUAGCGCCAAGUCAAGACGCUCGGGAAUCCGUCAUGGAAUUUAUGCUGGCGAAGGAACGGUUUAUAAAUGUGACUUAGAUACAAAUAAUGCUGAUAAAUUGUAUCAUUAUCGUAUAACGAUAAGCCCGCCGACAAAUUUUUUAACAAAGACACCAACGAUUAUCAAACAUGACGAGCAUGAAUUUAUUUUCGAAGGGUUUUCUAUGCUAUCACAUUUUCCACUUGUUAAAUUACCUACUUGUAAGGUAAUUAGAUUUAAUAUCGAGUAUACUAUUUUGUAUAUCGAAGAAAAACUGCCAGAAAAUUUUACAAUUCUCGAAUUGGAUUAUUUUCAAGAAUACCUUUUCAAAGAAAUCUUAGAGCUUGUAGACUUCGAUUUACAUUCCGCACAAAAUAAUUCUGGCUGUGGACAGUUUCAUUUUAUGCCGAGAUUCGUUCGUGAUUUGCCGGACAAAGGUCAAGAAAUUUUGUCUAUGAACGAAGUGUUGAAUUAUUUAAUUAAAAGCAGCAGCUGCUUAAUUGACGUUGAAGAGCUGGAUCGUCUGAUAGCUAUGCCGCAGUACGAGUGGCAAAAUUACGCGGAUCAAGUCAAAGGGAUGGUCGUGACUUAUCCUGGUAAGAAGCCAUGCAGUGUAAGAGUCGAUCAACUGGACAGAACUCAAGGUGAUCAGCCACCGGGAAUAACAGCGUAUCCGGAGAUUGUCCACUUUGGAAUACGUCCGCCGCAGUUGAGUUACGCGGGCAACGCUGAUUACCAGAAAGCUUGGAGAGAUUACGUCAAGUUCCGUCAUCUACUUGCCAAUAUGCCGAAGCCUUCUUUUGAGGACAAGAGAAAACUGGAAGCUAAAGAAAAUCGGCUGCAGGAGCUCCGCACUCAGAGCAAAAUGAAGCGAGACGUUACCGUUGACGUGAGUUCCGAGGGAUUUUAUCGAACUGGAAUAAUGUGUGAUAUCGUUCAACAUGCGAUGUUGAUUCCUGUACUAGUCUGUCACUUGAGGUUCCAUAAAUCGCUGGACCAACUGGAAGAAACAUUGGAGUAUAAAUUUAAAAAUCGUUACUUACUCCAGCUGGCACUUACGCAUCCCAGUUACCGAGAGAACUUUGGAACCAACCCAGAUCACGCGCGCAACUCGUUAACCAACUGUGGAAUCAGUCAGCCGGAGUAUGGAGAUCGUAGGAUUCAUUACAUGAACACAAGGAAGCGAGGAAUAAAUACUCUUAUCAAUAUCAUGUCGAGAUUUGGUGCCAGAAGAGAAACAGAAUCUUCUAUUGCUCACAAUGAGAGACUGGAGUUUCUCGGUGACGCUGUCGUUGAGUUUCUCACUUCGAUUCAUUUAUUCCACAUGUUCCCUGACCUUGAGGAAGGAGGGCUGGCUACUUACAGAGCGGCGAUUGUACAGAACCAGCAUCUCGCCGUUCUGGCCAAGAAACUUAAUUUAGAGCAGUACAUGCUCUACGCCCACGGAAGUGAUCUCUGCCACGACUUGGAGCUGAGACACGCGAUGGCCAAUUGCUUUGAAGCUCUCAUGGGCUCUUUGUUCCUAGACGGGGGUAUUUCUGUAGCUGACAGAGUCUUUGGAGAAACUCUAUUCCAAGAGGAAGACAGUCUGGCAUCAGUCUGGGUCAACUAUCCGAAGCACCCGCUCCAAGAACAAGAACCGACAGGUGAUCGCCAGUGGAUUCCGAGCUUCGAGUUGCUGCAAAAGUUGACCAAAUUCGAAGAAUCUAUUGGGGUUGAAUUCAAACACGUUAGAUUGCUAGCAAGAGCUUUUACUGACAGAAGUAUUGGGUACACAAAUUUGACACUUGGGUCAAAUCAACGUCUAGAAUUUUUGGGAGAUACUGUACUGCAGUUAAUUGUGUCUGAGUAUCUUUAUAAAUAUUUUCCAGAGCAUCAUGAAGGUCAUCUGUCGUUGCUUCGUAGUUCAUUGGUAAAUAACAAGACUCAGGCUGUUGUCUGCGAUGAUUUAGGCAUGACCCAGUACGCACUGUACGGUAACCCCAAAGCAGAACUUAAAACAAAAGAUCGUGCUGACUUGCUGGAAGCAUUUCUUGGUGCUCUUUAUGUUGACAAAGGUUUGGAAUUCUGUCAUAUUUUUUGUAACGUCUGUUUCUUCCCAAGACUACAGAGUUUCAUAAUGAAUCAAGACUGGAACGACCCGAAGAGUAAAUUGCAGCAGUGCUGCUUGACUCUGAGGACUAUGGACGGUGGAGAGCCAGACAUUCCGGUUUACAAAGUUAUCGAGUGCAAAGGUCCGACCAACACUCGUGUCUACACAGUCGCUGUUUACUUCCAAAGUAAACGACUCGCGAAAGCUUCUGGUCACAGUAUCCAAGAAGCGGAAAUGAAUGCUGCCAAAGAAGCUCUCGAAAAAUCUCAGGAUCUCUUCCCCCAGUUGGACCAUCAGAAGCGAGUUAUUGCCAAGUCCAUGAAGAUGCAGCAGUGGCCUAAACCUAAGCUGACCAUCUCGGAAAAAUCAGAUGACUCAGACUCCGCGCAGCAGAGAAGGCGCGGAAGAAGCAGCAGAAGAAGUCCAAGUCGGGACAAUGAUUCUGAUGAUAGUUAACUUUGAUCUUUUUUUUUUUAUUAUUGUUA